ACAGAACUUCCUCUCAUUGCAUCUGAAUAACCCAUGAACAAGCAUAAUGAGCAAGGAUAAGAAGAAAAUGGUUGAGAAGUUCUUGGCUCAUGCUCUGGAAAUUAUCUACCUGCUGACUGGAGAGGAAUACACCAUUGUGAAGAAAGAUUCUUCUAUCAACAGCUGUAAUCAGCAGACUGGAGAGGUCCCUAUAAAGUGCGAUGAUGUUGCAAUGUAUUUCUCUAUGGAGGAGUGGGAAUAUAUAGAAGGACACAAGGAACUUUACAAGGAUGCCAUUUUGGAGAAUCACCAGACACAGAAGAAUGAAAACAUCCCAGUAACUGGGAGCCCAGAUCAUGGUUAUGAAAAUCUAGAUAUAAUAUCAAUUAGUGAUGAAUCAGAAGAGGAGACAGAGGAGAAAGCUGUUCAGCACAUGGAAAGAUAUUCAGCGUUUAAUGGUGGUGAGGAAAAUUCAGAUGGCAGAAAUGCAGAAAGCAUUGAGGAAAUAGAGGAAUCCAGUGUAAUAAAACAACAAGAAGCUCAAGCAGAGAAAACAGGUGAAGAUACAGAUAUUAAAAUACACAUAGAAACUUUCUACAACGAUUCAGUUUGCAUGGAAGAGGAUCAUUUAAAAGCUGUUCAUCAGAUGGAAAUGUAUUCAGAUCCCUGUACAAGUGGAAUGAAUGCAGAAACAUGUGUUGGAGAAACCGAGGAUCUGUUUGUAAGAAAUUGUCUGGAAGCCCAUAAUCAGGAAAUCAAUAAAGAAUCCAACAUAAAUAGACCAGAGAGCUUGAAUUUGGUUGAAGAAACACAAACAGGACCCUGUUCAUCAGACGGAAUGUUGGAAGAACAUAUAAGUCAUUCUCAAAGUAUCCAUGAAGGAGAGAGUGAUAAAAACUAUUAUAACAAAUCAGCUAUAUGUGAGGCAGCAAACCCUUUUUUUGUUCCAGUGUAUUAUAAACAUGGAGUAAAGUUUGGCAGUAGUGCAGCAUAUAGGACUUUUAGAAUUAAGAAGAAAGAAACCAAAGAUAGAAGAGCAAAUUGUGAAGAUCACUAUUCUUGCACUGAAUGUGGAAAAAACUUUUCUCAAAGUUCACAGCUGAUUGAACACCAGAAAAUACAUACAGUUGAAAAACCAUUGGUUUGCCCUAAAUGUGGCAAAUGUUUCUUCCAAAAAUCAAGUUUAGCUAUACACCUAAGAACGCAUACAGGAGAGAGACCAUAUGUUUGCCAGGUAUGUAAAAAAUGCUUCUCUGAUAAGUCAAAUUUAGUUAGACAUCACAGAAUUCAUACUGGAGAGAAACCCUAUAUUUGCUCUUAUUGUGGGAAAGCAUUUUCCAGACGAUCAUAUCUGUUUAGACACCAAAAAGUACAUACAGAGAAGAAGGAUUAUAUGUGUUCUGAGUGUGGUAUAAGCUUUUCUCAGAUAUCAAGUCUGAUUUCACACCACAAAAUUCACAAAAUGGAAAAAAUGUAUGUUUCCUUUUAAUGUGAAAACCUUUUGUCCUUGUGAUAAAUCAUGUAUUUUUGUUGAGGCUGCAGUUAGGAGCAAUGUUUUCUAAAUGUGUUAUUUCUGGGAAGAAAAUUCUUAUAGAUGAUACAAAAAGCAUACAGAAUUAUUGUUUGCAGACACAAAAAAUAAUAAAUGUAUUUAUAAUGAUUUAAUCAGUUGCACUUUUUAAGUGGUACAGUAUGUAUGUAUGCAAAAAAAGUACUUUUUCUCCUGAAUUAUACAUUACUAAAGAGAUAAGAGUUACUUAUUACAUACAAGAAAACAUUUUAUCUUUUGUGUCUCAUAUAGUGGCUAUGCUUACUAAGCAUUGUAUGAUUUCUUUAGUUGACAACAUGAAGUACUCAUUAUCAAUAGGACACUAUUUGGACUGACUGACUGAUGGGAAUUAGUUUAUGGUGAAUGAUAAAAACAAAACAAAAAAACUGUUGAAUUAUUUGUAUGCAAUUAUUGUUCAAAUAUCCACUUCCUCUAUUGUUUUACGCAAAAAAGGAGUAAGCACUCAAUGUUCUCUGGUUUUAAUAUCUUCCAUGCCAUUGAGAGCAAUUUUAAAAUAAUACCUUAAAAAUAAAAAGAGAAAUCAC